AUCCCGGGGCGAUGACGUAUCUGCGAGCAGUCAACAGACGCACGCACGCACGCACGGUCCGGACCGGAGCUACACCGGGGCCACGAUCUUUCUCUUUUCCAUCGCUGCCAGUGCGUUUUGGCGAUCUGUUAAACGUCGUUCACACGAGGCGGCAAGAGUAGAGUGUUUACACGCAGCAGACGAGGCGGUUUGUGGCGGUUCUCGUGCAUGGCAGCCCGCGCCGGAGUGUGACGCCUGUUUUUAUUUGUGUUCACUGCGACACGGAAAGUGACAGUGCGGGAUUCCUCGCUUAAAAACAUGACCGGAGCCUUAAACACGCUGUGGCACUUUAGUUGAUGGGCUUAAAGAGUCAGUUUUAGUACUUCAGUCGUCUUGCUGUAGGAGAGCAGGCCGGUGGAGGAAGCCUCAUCUUCAUCAUCAUCAUCAUCAUCAUCACCCCACGCCUGGUGUUUAUAGUCUAAUGUUUCAGAUUCAGAUACACCUGUCAGUGCUUAACUUAUUCUUGAACACGAUGAGAGCAAAGCAACAGUAUUAAUAGUGGACCUGAAGAGCACAAUGCUGUCCACAUGAUGUGAGAGAUUCUCUUUUAAUGCGGAUUAAACCCAUUCAGAUUGACUUUGGAAGAUGUUGUAGGUGUUUACGGCUUUGUUAGGAUUGCUAAAGAAAAGAACCAAGACAUAGGACAGAGUGAAAUGCCUUAUGCAACCCUUUAAAACAAUACCAGCGACGUAUGAAUGAAGAGAGGUGCAGCUAUGAUGUGAGGUGUUAGUGUGCGAUGCGCUUGUUGAGGAAAUACUGAACUGGGUUUGAGAGAUUUGAUGUUUUGUAGGUGAGUGAGGGGCUUGUGUUGGUGGCGUGUGCUCCAGCUCUCUGGAGAUGAGAAAAUGAAUUGCGAGGAGCAAGCUGUAGAUUUGUGCAAUGUGUCUGAGAACACUACAUCACGCCCCGCGGACGAGAUCCUUCCCCGUGACGGUCUCCUGCCGGCGGAUGGAGGUCAGGGGGAACGGGUUUGCUCCGUCCUGACCCGGUUAAAAGACGUCCGGCCCAAGGAGGAUGGUUCCUCUGAGCUCAAAGCAGUGCAUAGUAAAAACAACGGCUCUGUUGUGGUGUCCGCCGACUCCGUUAACGGCUCUGCCGGCGAUCUGCAGCAGAAUACAAGCACGUCUGAGGAGCCCCCGGCGAGCAGGUGCUCUGUUGGAGACGGUGAUGAUGAUGGUGAGACGGAUAUCGGUGUGGAUUUAAGUCUGGAUGAAAAUGGUGUUUUGGAGUGCGAGCCAGCGGCCCAGACUCAAAGUGAGGAAAGUGCCUCUAGCUGUGAGAACUCUCUAACAUCAGAAACUGUCAUAGAACUGCAUUCACAGCAACCUCCGGAAGAGCAUCGUGAGGAAACCGUGUCAACGCCUACAACACCAGACAGUGGAGCUGGGAGUAAGCACCGGUCCAAAAGGGUGACCUUUCCAUCAGACGAAGACAUCGUCUCGGGUGCGGUUGAGCCGAAGGACCCUUGGAGACACGCCCAGAAUGUGACGGUGGAGGAGAUUCUGAAUGCCUACAGACAAGCAUGCCAGAAGCUCAACUGCAAACCGAUCCCUAAAGUGCUCAAACAGAUCCAGGACUUAAAAGACCUGACACAGCGAAACGAGUGCCUAGAACUCAAAGGAGAGAAGCUUGACUAUAGAUCAUGUGAGUCUCUGGAGGAGAUCUUUAAGAGGGUGCAGUUUAAAGUGGUGGAUCUGGAGCAGACAAACUUAGACGAGGAUGGAGCAUCAGCUUUGUUCGAUAUGAUAGAGUACUAUGAAUCCGCCACUCAUCUCAACAUCUCCAGCAACAGGCACAUCGGCACACGCGGCUGGCAGGCCGCCGCACACAUGAUGAGGAAGACGAGCUCUCUGCAGUACCUGGACGCCCGUAACUCUCCGCUGCUGGACCAUUCGGCUCCGUUCGUGGCCAGAGCGCUGCGCAUUAGCGGCAGCCUGACGGUAGUGUAGAUGGUGAAUGCAAAUGUAUAAGGCAGACCGCUGAUGCUGCUGGCCACAGCACUAAAGAUGAACAUGAACCUCAGAGAGCUGUAUUUGGCCGAAAACAAGCUCAACGGUCUGCAGGACUCGGCCCAGUUGGGGAAUCUGCUGAAGUUCAACUACAACAUCCAGAAUCUGGACCUGAGACACAAUCACAUACUGGACUCCGGGUUGGCGUAUAUAUGUGAGGGUCUGAAGGAGCAGAGGAAGGGUUUGGUGACGCUGGUGCUCUGGAACAACCAGCUCACACACAAUGGCAUGGGAUACCUGGCCGCCGCUUUGCCGUACACGCAGAGCUUGGAAACUCUGAACCUGGGCCAUAACGCAGUGGGGAACGAAGGAGUGCACAAACUGAAAGACGGACUCAUAGCAAACCGGUCCAUCCUCAGGCUGGGUCUGGUCUCCACCAAACUCUCCUGCGAAGGAGCGGUGGCUAUCGCUGAAUUCAUCGCUGAGAGUCCGAGGCUCCUCCGGCUGGACAUGCGGGAGAAUGAAAUCAAGACCGGAGGCCUCAUGGCUCUCUCGCUCGCCUUUAAAGUCAACACAUCGCUGCUCCGACUCGACCUGGACCGAGAGCCCAAGAAAGAGACGCUGAAGUGUUUCAUUGAGACACAGCGCGCCCUGCUGGCAGACAUUCAGAACGGCUGCAAGAGGAACUUCAUCCUGGCCAAGGAGAAGGAAGAGACGGAGCAGAAGAUGAGGCAGUCGGUUUCAAUAGCCGAAAUCGCCAUGGAGGACCAAACUCAAGAGGAUGAAGAUGCAUCUGCUGAGAGAAGCGAGGAAGAAAACUCCGCCGGUCAGGGAGACGCAACCGAUGAGGGCAGUGCAUCUGAGAGCCAAGAGGUCAACGAACAGAAACCGACACUACAAGACGACUCGGACUCGGACACAGAGGAUGAGGAGGCAGCAGAGGAGCCGAAAGCUACUGCGAACACCACAUCUCCCAUAGAGAUUCCUGCAAUAAACGCCUGUAAGGCCGUGCCCUCGAUGUCUCCUCUACCAGGAUCUCCAGUGACCGACGCUAGCACUGUCCCAAGACCCCCACCAUCUCCUAGCCGCUGCUUUUCAGUGUCUAGUCCCGGCAGAGGACACAAAAUCUUUAUGGUAACACGUGUGGAAAGCCCUCCGGAGCAGCAGCAGACGACUGUAUUGGCGAAAGGCGUCAGCGAAUGGGCGGCAGAGAGCCAAACAUGCACACAGACUAAUAUAAAAGCACCUUCACAACUGCCUGAGCAGAAACCGACAGCAUCUGAGCUCAGCACGUUAACAUCACGUGCAGAAACAACACCAGCACCUGUUGAACCGCUCAACACGUCCGUAUCGUCACUUGCGGAUAAGCAGGAGAACCUGAAGGAGUCUCAAACUUCACAGGAACCUGCGACGCCAUUUGAAAACCAGAAGGACGCUGUCCACAUAAAUCAGACUCACUUAAAGCAACAGUUGACUGUAAAUACAAACACAAACCGAGCGCAAGAGACGCUAAAUGUAAGCGAGAAGGACCAGACGUUCUGUUCUCACACCGAGUCCAGUCCCAUCCAAACAGGACAAUCCCAGGAUGAGACGCUAAGCCCAUGUCCGGAACAGCUCCAGGAAGGUCAUCCAGGUGGUAACGGAGAGAAACAGCAGCAACCGGCCGCUCAGCUGCAGCCUUCACUGGAGGUCACGGCAGGUCACGGAGCCCUCGAUGAGGAGGAAGGCUGCCGUGCUGGAGCGGGAUCUCCUGACGAAGGUCAUGCUGCUGGGAGCAAGGGCACAGGGCUGCCCAACGGGCUGAAGCCAGAAUUUGCCUUUCACCUGCUCGAACCCAAGGGACCCAAACCAGCCAGCUGCAUAAUGGAGCAUGGUGAGUUACGCCGGAUUACCUCAUAUUCCACUGCAUCGUUCCACAGCACAUUUAUUUGGAUUAAUUUACAUUGUUCCUAAAACCUGUUCACACCAAUUCCGAUGCGGCUAAAAUAUUCCCAGUGGGGCUGUCAUGAUUCCUUGAUUAAAUACGAACACUUGAUUAUAAAUAAUCCUCGAUUGCAGUAUGCAAAAUAUUGGAAGUGGCACAUUCCAUGGAUGAGAAUCCAUGAAAAGCAUUAUUAGACCAUUUUCUGAGGCUGCAUGAAAAAAAAAAAAAAUCAUAAUAAAGCAUAGUAC